AUGGAGGAUUGGGAGCAGACGGUAAAGGCGGUGGCAGCGUUCGCAAAGGACGCAACCGGUCGCCACCUUUCCAUCGAGACAAUAACAGCAAUCAUGAGAGCCGUGCAGAACGCAGCAGCUCCAGAAGCAGGAGCAAUGGUACCAGCUCCGAACUGGAACGCUACAGAACUCGACCCCUCCGAUGUUUUCGUACCAGGUCUUGCCAAGAAGGACAUAAGCUGGAGGGAAAUACCAAAAAUAUGCCGAGUGUGUAUGGUGCCUUCAGAAGACGGCUACAAUAUUUUUGAAUGCACAACAGAAUCCGGUAAUUCAAUUAAGGAAAUAAUUUCUCUAUGCACAGGAUUGGAGGUAUGCAAGGACGACUCCUUUCCGGAAACCAUUUGUCCAACAUGUCUGCAGGAUGCAAAGAAUGCAUUCGAGAUCAAAGGAGUGUACGAGAAGAGCCAAGUGUUCUACUGGCAACUACAAAGGGAGUACCUAAAGAAAUCGAAUGCGAUAUUGAAAUUUAGUCACAAUGGAAAGGAAAAUAAAUAUCAAAGAAUGAGGAAAAGUAUGGAAACAGACUGUGAAACAGCUCAGUCCAAAGAUGAUCUCUUGGAAACUGAUAAAAACCAGGAAAAUGAUAACAUGCCCAAACCCCAUAAUGAUUGCCUAGCUAAUAUCAUCGAAGAUAAAACCAAGAGACUUCGAGUGAUUAAACCUUACACGUGUCCUCAUUGUUCGAAGAUUUGUAAAGGAAAGACACACUACACGGAACAUUUGCGAGUGCACACUGGGGAACGGCCCUAUAAGUGUUCCCAGUGCUCCAAGUCCUUCAAAACGGUUGGCGUCCUUCACGUUCACCUGAAGGCGCAUACGGGAGAACGAUCCUACCUGUGUCCCCACUGCCCAAAGGCCUUUGUACAUUCUUCAACUCUUAAAAAUCACCUACAAACGCACCAGGAAGAACGGCCGUUCGCAUGCACCCAGUGUCCCUUGGCUUUUAAGAGAUCUAACUGUCUAAAGGCGCAUAUAAAAAGGCACACUGGAGCACGACCUUACAAGUGUUCCCACUGCUCAACGACUUUUAAGGAAAAAAGAAAUCUCGAUUCUCACUUGCGAAUACACAAAGGGGAGAAACCAUUCAAGUGUGCCCAAUGCCUGAAGGCUUUUUUUAGGAAUGACGAACUACAAAAGCACAUGCUGAUUCACACGGGAGAACGUCCCCACAAGUGCUCCCACUGCCCAAUGGCCUACAGAGACAAAGCCACUCUUCGGGAUCACUUGCGCACGAAGCACACAGGGGAGCGGCCCAUCAAGUGUUCCCUGUGCUCAGAGCGAUUUCCAACGCAUAGAGCUCUAGCAAAACACAUGCGAAAGGGACCUUUCACGUGUUCCCAGUGCGCAGAGACCCUUGCCACCCAUUCCAGUCUCAGGGACCACUUGCUAUCGCACAUUGAAGGGCCCAAUUCCAUAUGUUCCCAGGGCCCACCCAUCAAGUUGACGGCUUGAGCAACACUUGCUGUCACGCAGCGACAACUCUAGUGACCCCCGUGUUCGAAGGCAUUCAAAUUGAAUAAAGAUCUGAGGACACACUACCAAAUACACGCGCAUUGCUUGUCGUUCAGGUCAUGCGGCCAACCUGUGAGUUUA